AUGUGUUGUCUCCUUCGUCGUUUGCUGUUUUUACUACUACUACCCAUUUGGGUUCUUUGCUUCUCCUUCUUCUCAGUUUCUGGUGACGAAUCUUCCGUUGUUUUCGUUUCUACUUCCCACGAAAUCCCAAUUUCUCAAGCUUCUCCACGAAUGGGAGCUCAAUCCCCAGGACCUCCCAUUGUUAAAGUGGUGCUUCGUGAGGACUUGAACAAGAAGAUUCUAAUUGCUCUUAUAGUCUCAUCAACACUCCUCUGUUUCACAGUCAUGUUCCUUGUGUAUCUCUUGCUAUGGAGGUACAGAAAUCUGAAGAACAGCUUCAACGGGAUCAAGCGAAAAUCCGAUUCUGUGAAGAGUGUAUCCACUAAGCCCAUUGUACACAAGAUUGAUUCUGUGAGGAAAGGAACUAUCCCUGUGUAUGAAUAUCAGUUGCUGGAAUCUGGAACAAACAAGUUUAGUGAGAGUAAUUUGUUGAGCCGAGGUGGUCGUGGAUGUCUUUACAGAGCUUGUCUCGAUGAGAAAUCCUCAGUCACUGUAAAGAAACUUGAUGGUGGUGGGGAGACAGACAUUGAAAAACAGUUUGAGAAUGAGGUAGAUUGGUUGGGUAAGAUCAGGCAUCAGAACAUAAUUUCUCUAUUGGGGUUUUGCGUAUAUCGCCAAACGAGAUGUAUUGUGUACGAGAUGAUGCAGAAUGGAUCUUUGGAGAGUCAGUUGCAUGGGCCUCGUCAAGGUUCAGGUUUAACCUGGCAGCUUAGGAUGAAAAUCGCGGUUGAUAUAGCACGAGGAUUAGAGUAUCUUCACGAGCAUUGCCACCCUCCGGUAGUUCACAGAGAUUUGAAAUCGUCUAACAUCCUUCUAGACUCCGAUUUCAACGCAAAGAUAUCAGAUUUUGGAUUUGCCACGGUGUUGAUGACUCAGAACAAAAAUCUAGGAAAUAGAGCUCCCGAGUAUCUUCUUGAUGGGAAAGUUACAGACAAGAAUGAUGUUUACUCUUUCGGGGUGAUUCUUCUCGAGCUUCUCCUUGGGAAAAAAUCAGUCGAGAAACCAUCAUCUGAACCAGAAUCCAUCGUCACUUGGGCUGUACCUAAGCUCAGUGACAGAGCUAAUCUUCCUAACAUAUUGGAUCCUGCAAUCAAAGGAACAAUGGAUUUAAAGCAUCUUUAUCAGGUUGCUGCGGUUGCAGUCUUGUGUGUCCAGCCUGAGCCAAGUUACAGACCACUUAUAACCGAUGUCUUGCACUCACUCAUCCCUCUUUUACCAGUAGACCUCGGCGGAUCAUUGAGAAUUUUGUAA